AUGGCCUCGCUCAAAAAUGUUCUGCUUAUUGGGGUACAAAUCAUCAUUCUUCCCGCACCACCCAUCGCCCUAAGGCUGCCGCUCGCAGGCGGAAAUCUAGGCGUCCCCGUCCUCAAAGGAUUCCUGGACUCUCCAUAUAAAGUUAGCGUCCUGACCCGCAAAGAGUCGACAUCGACAUUCCCCGAAGGCGUGUCUGUCUUCAAAGCAGAUUACACCGACAUGUCCUCUGUCAAGGGUGCAAUGGAAGGUCAGGAUGUGGUGAUAAGCAUGGUUGGCGGAAUCGCAGCAGGCGACCAGCGGGUGUUCAUUGAUGCUGCCAUAGCCGCUAGCGUGAAGAGAUUCUUCCCUAGUGAAUUCGGCCCCUAUUCGCGGAACCCCGAGUUUGCCGCGGUCAACCCUGUUGUCUUACCAGCCAAGGCGGGUACAUGGGAUUUUUUCGGUUUUGACCUCUCUUCCAAAACUGUGACUCUCAUCGAUGGCGGCACUUCAGUCUUCACUGCCACCAGCCUUUCGACAAUCGGCAAAGCUCUUAUUGCCAUGCUUGACCACGCUGAUGAGACAAAGAACCAAUACGUCUUUGUGUCAUCUUUCAAUGUCAGCCAGAAAGACAUUUUGGACGUAGUCGAGAAAGUCGACGGCCAGAAAUGGACAGUAAAGCACGAUACAUCUGAGAAGGUCAUUGCUGAAGGCAAGAGAAGACUUGCAGCGGGCGAUUUUGCGGGGAUAAUAGACUUGACUAGGGGUGGGGCAUUUGGCAAGCAGGCGCUGGGUGAUUCAAGGCCAUAUGGGCUGUGGGACGACAAGUUGGGGCUACCAAGAGAGGAUAUAGAGCAGGCUGUCAAGGAUGUACUCUAA